GAAUGUCCUGAUGAGAAUUGAAAAAUGGGGAAAGGGUCAAAGAGGUAAUUGUGGAAGGGAAGAGCAUAAUUUGAUGUGGGGGAGAUGAAGCAGUAGAGGCGAAGGAAACAGACAAGAGAAUCACAUAUUUCAUUGGAAGGCUCACUCACACUUUCCAUAUAAAAAAAAAUAAAGGCCCCAAUUCUCAUGGAAGCAGGAAGGAAGCCAGCAACAAGCAAAUCCAGAAGAAGAAGAAGAAGAACAAGCAUACAUGUCUUCCACGAGGGAGAGAAAGAAAAAACAUGGUCAAAACAAAGCCUCAAAUCAUCACCAAGAUCAGGAGGCCGAAUCCUCCACUUCUUUCCACCAUGACUUGCCUACGGUGAGGGUGGAAACCCUAGAGAAGGGAUUCAUGGUUAACGUGUUCUCUGAAAAGAAUUGCCCUGGGAUGCUCGUCUCCGUUCUAGAAGCCUUCGAACUGCUCGGCCUCGAUGUUCUCGAUGCUAGGGUUUCUUGUGAAGACACUUUCCAGCUCGAAGCUUUGGGAGGAUCCCAAGGUGAAGAGAAGGGGAUAGACGCUCAGGCGGUGAAGCAAACGGUGCUGCAAGCAAUCAACAAUGUGAUGGACUGAUCAGAAAGUACUGAUAGGAGCGAGAGAUGAAGUACCCCUGUUUUUGUCUUUUUCUAUUUUUCUUUUCCAAGUGUAAAAUUCACAUAUAUUCAAAUUCCAAAAUGAAAGGCCAAACCUAUAUUACCUCUU